UGCUAUUGCUGCCGCUUAUCCCUUUCGGGAACGCGCGUUUCGGGCAGCUUCUCUUCUCUCUUUCGUCGGGCGGCACUCUCAUUCCGUGUUGGACGUUCGUGCUGUGAAGAGGCGUUUAAUUUUCCCACAAUUUAAUCGAGUGUGCCAAGUGCUCGUUUUGCAAGUGCGCUUUUCUGUACAAAAAUACCCACAGUGCGUGCGAGUGUUUCGUAUUUGCGUAUUUGUUGUCAUCCAGAAGGUAGCGCACAAUCGAAAGUGUGCGUGCGUGUGUGCGUGUGAUUUGGAGAAGUGCAUGUGAAGUGUGGCGUGUGUGAUCAUCUUCCCCGUCUGCUGCAUCAACAAUCGUAGUGAAAGAAGUGUUGUUGCUUCGUCGUGACACAAACGCACGCCAGGAGAGAGAGAGGGUGAUUAAGAAAGCAAACACAUUUACUCGAGAAAAAAGGAAGAAGGUGUGAAGUUGGCAAAUCGUUUGCCGCCAAGCCCCCGCUCUCCUGCAUCAAGUUGUGGAAGUGUUCGUUGUGUAGUCGUUUCGCACACCUUCCUCUGGAACACGUCGCGAAGAGUGCAAGGCUCCGGAAAGUGUGGCCGUAAUAUUUUAAAAGUAAGUUGGACAGUUGGAAGUUGGUUCUAAACGUUUGCUGAUUUUGAUUGCUGAUUUGUCAACCUCGAUUCAAUCUCUAUACGACAAACCGCUCCAUCAAACAAAACAAAAAAUGGGAUUGGCCCAAAGUAAGCGUUCCGUGAACAUAACCACAGACCCGGCCAAGGAGGGAGUGGUCGCCGAGGGCACUGGAAAGCUGGAAAAGAUUGGCGAGGUCGAUCAGCUAAAAGCACAGGCCAACGGUGACGCUCAACACAACGAUGGCGAUAAUGAAACGAAAGUGGAAACCGAUGCGGCCGAAAAUGAAAAGGACUCCACGACAGAAAAGACCACCAAAGAGGGUGGCGACGGUGGUGGCGGCGACACCAGUGUGGCCGCCGCAUCCCCAACCUCGGAAGGUGCUGAAUCGGACGCGAACAACAAAACGCUCGAAAAUGGCAGCAACGACGAGUCGCUAAACGAUAGCAAAGCGGCGGCGGCAGAUGAGGCCACCAAGAAGGCAAAGAAACCGAAAAAGAAGUGGUCCUUCCGCAGCCUGUCGUUCAGCAAAAAGGACAAACAGAAACCGGCCAAAAAGGAGAAGGACGAGGAACGGGUGAACGGUGAAUGCGAGAAAGUUCCCGAAGAGCCCACUGAGGAUGCCGUUGCCGGUACUACUACUGCUGCUGUUGCUGCCGUCGCUCAGGAAGCCGCUUCCAGCACGGCCGAAGCCGGCGCCAGCGAACCUAAAGCAGAAGCCGCCGCUGUGACUGCUGCUGCCUCCGAAGUUUCGACGACUACCGCUGUAGCUGCUCCCGCCGCCGUUGAAGCCGCUGCCGACGUUGCUGCUGCUGCUGCUCCGGCUGCUGAUGUAACGACCACUACGACCACCACCACUAGCGCUCCCGCCGUCGACAGCACCAAAGUAGAGGAACCGGCGAUCGAGGCAGUGUCCGUCGCGGCCCAAGAAACGGCUGCCCCGGUCGCCCCGGCCGAGCCCAAGACGGUCGAGAACGGUGAUGGCCCGAAAGAGGUUGCACCAGUAGUGGCGGAAGAGCCGGCCGUCGUCCCACCACCGGCAGUACAGGAAGACAAGCCGGAGCCGGAAACGACCACUGCUGCUGCCCCGGCUGACGAGCAAGUAGUUGAGCCGGCAGUUGUUGAGGUAAACAGUUCUACUACUACUACUACCACUACUACUACUAGUACCACUACCACUACCAGUAGUUCUGCCGUUGAGGUCGAAACCGCCAAGCCCGAGCAGUCGGCAGUAGAGAGCGAAGUUGUUGCUGCUGCUGCUACUACUACUACUUCUACUACCCCUUCCGAUACUACCACACUCGAAAAUAGUACUACCGGUGUUCCCCCCACCGCCACCAUCGCCGCCGACAGUGUCGCCGCUAGCGAGUCGGACAAGCUUGCUGAUGGUGGUGAGAGUACGCCCCCACCCCCACUACCCUCCAUUCCUCCACCCUCUCAGGUGAUGGUGUUCGUUGAGGCUUCUCUGUCGCAGGUCGCGAAUGAGCCGUCGUCGGUGGAGGAGAGUGCAGCGUCGUUGGUUUCGGUUCCGUCCGAGGAUCCGUCCGCGGAGGUGGCAGCUGCCGCUCCGACCGGUUGCCCUCUUCCCUCUCCCGUUGUUUCCCCCGUCGAAGGUUCGAACGUUGAAGUGGUGGGGGAUGUCAGUCCACUCGCUCCAUCGGCUGCCGUAGCUCCGGUGGAGGAAGCUCCGGUUGCUGCUCCCGCCGAAGAGCAAACAACUGAGCAGCAGACACCCGAAGUGGUGGCUGAGGAGCCGCCGGUCGUUGCGGAAAAGAAGGUCGUCGCCGAUGUGAUGGCAGCUGCGCCAGCCGUGCCGGAGGAGGAGCAACCCUCGGUAACGGACGAGAUGAAGGAAACGGUUUCCAAGGCCGUGGGUGAAAUACUCGAGCAAGCGGUUGAUAAGAUCGAAAGUGGAGACGUGCCGCAGGCUGUUGUCGCUGCUGUCGCUCCUGCUGCUGCUCCUGCCGUAGAGGAGGAAACCACCGUCCCGCUGUCGGUGGAAGCAGUUGCUGCAGUACCGCUACCGGCGGACCUGGAGGCAGUGGAUGAGAUCAGUAACAACAUUGACGAUCUGCCACCGCCGCCACCACCACCAGCGGUCGAUGACGAGGAAACGGUGCCGGAUUCUCUGCCCUCGCCGCUGCCCACGAUUGCUGCCGCUGUCCCUGCCGAGCUACUGGACGGUGGAGCGGACGACCUGAAGCAGCAGGAUACCAGCGUCCUCUCGGUCGACAUCUCGUCCCCGCUGCCGCAAAACAGUCUCGAAUCGCUUCCGUCGCCGCCGACCCUGUCCCAGAGCGAUGUCAGCCUGCCUCCGCCGCCAGAGUCUCCGACCGUCGGCGGCAUGCCCGAGCAGCAGCAGCAGGCGGCUGGCGUCCUGCCCGAGCCGGAAGUUGAAUCUGCCACCGCUGCCGCCGCCGCCGCCCUCCCGUCGCCGACUCCGCCAUCUGCACCAUCAUCUGCGGGUGACGAUCCUAUCAGCUCUUCCACCAUCCCACCACCAACAUCAUCAUCCUCCCUUCCAGCAGCAGCAGAAGUAGAAGUAGCGAAGCAAGAAGUAGAAGAAGAAGCACUAACUCAGCAGCAGUCGGCGGUGGAGGCGACGCCAGAAGUCGCUCGCGAUGAAAGUGAACCCGCCAAGAAUGAUGCUAGCAGCAGUAGCGCGGAGAAGAAGAAGGAGGAGGCAGCAAGUGCCGGCGAAGAGGAGGCGCAGCAGGACAGCAGCAGCGCAGCAGCAACGGUGGUGGCAGCGUCGGCGAAACCGGUGGCGGCAGAGACAGAAACCGAUGUGGCGGCCCCGGCGGUGGCCGUACCGGCGGAAGUAGAGGAAACUGUCGCGCAAAAGCAGCAGAACGGUACGGCUGACCAUGGAACCAGCAAUGGUACGACCGAAAAUGGCAAAGCUGAAAACGGCACUACCGAGAACGGCACGGUCGAAAACGGCCAGAACGGUGUCCACGAAACGUCCGCCACAGAAAGUCUGAACGGAGAGGCUGAGCACAAAAAGGAGGAGAAAAUUCCAGAAAAGGCCGCUCAGCUUCAGCAACCGCCACCACCAGCAGCUCCGGAAGUAACGGCCGAGUAAAAUGCAAGUUUUGGCUGAACGCAAAUUACAGCAUCUAUUGAUUAUUAAUUAAUUAUAAUUCUUAUUAUUAAUAAUAAUAAUUAUAAAAAAACACACAACACAACACAGAAAAAGGAAUCAUACAACACAAACGAUUAUGGAAAAACAAAUAAAAAGGGAAUAAUAAGUUACAACUUCGAGGAAGAGGAAGGGAGGAAGCGCAUGUACGAACGAAAAAGAAAGUGACGUGUGGAGCGAGUGAAUUGAAAUGGUGUUACGACAAGGAGCAACGAAAUGUGAGAACAAUUUACACACACAAAAAAUAUUGUUCGUACGAUAACGAAAAACAACCGAAUCAAACUACUGCAACAUGAAGGUUUUAAUUCCUCUCGUCUCUUCAGCAUCAACACACACACGUAUAAACCACCAAUAAGAAACAUUUGAAUUUAGUCUUAACCGUAAAUGGUCUUUUAUAAAACAUUUGAUUAAAGUACGUAAAGAGAGAAGAGCCAAGAGGUAUCAAAAACAGCUCCCCACAACAACAAAAAAAAAACGUUGGCUCACACGAAACGAAUGGUUUAUAUAGUUAUGUUGUUAAUAGCAAUGUGUAAAGCAGGAAAAAAACAAAAUGAAAAUCUCUCGUCUGUAUCGGCAAAAAGGAAAAUGGCAUCCUCCUAAUUAGACUGCUUUAGGUUGUGCAGGGCCAAGCAAAAGUGCGGUUAGAACGCGAACACGAAACAAACUCGCACAUACACACACACACAUUCAUUCUUAUAUUGUAGAAAUUUGUCAUUCAAAUGCCAGUACAAGAAUAUUAGUAUGCCCGGGAAGGAGGGGAGGGGGCAGUUGGUCAAAACGAAACAAACGGCGUUUUGGGAAACGAUUGUAUCGCGGAACACGACCCCCCCGAAGUGUGCGAUCGAUGUAAAUGUACGAACUUUCCUUUUGUUUUUUUUUUUAAAUAGCAACUAUCUAAAACCGGGUGAAGAAACACACCGUCAGAGUGUCGUCCUUUUCAGCAUAGAAAGCAUAAUUAGGGGAACGCGAACGUGAGAAUAGGGGAUGAUGAGGGGGUUUUUUCCCUCCGCUGUUUGCUCCUUCCGCAAGCGCCGUGUGCAGGCGUUACGUGUGCGGUGUGUGGGGUCUGUUAGUUAGGCGGAGGGGGGAAAACGACGGCAGCAAUUUCCUGCUCCCUUUUGCUACCUUUUUUUUCUUUUAAUUAUUAUACAAAGAAGAGUACAUCAAUAAACCUUUUCAAACAAACCUACAAACAAA